AUGAUCUCUGCUCAAGCCCUCAUCUGCACGGUGUACCUCGUCUAUGCCAACGUGAUCUACGCCUACCAGGGCCAAUACGUGCUGGGCCAGUCGUAUAACGGUAUUGACAAGUACUCGUUCCAGACGGUCUGCAACAUGCUCGCCAUUCUUUCGGGCACCAUCGCCGCUGCGCUCUACGGCAAUGUCGGUCUCAAGGUCAUCUACGUCAACACGGUGCAGUCGUUCAUGAAGGGUCCUGCACUCAACACCCCUCGCGGUCGGGUUAUCUGGGCCUCCAUCUCGGUCGUCUACUGGGCCCUUGCCUUCGUGAUUGCUUCGUCGAUUCCCCAGGUGCAGACGAUUUCGGGUCUGAUUGCGGCUAUUGCGAUCAUGAACUUUUCCUACUCGUUCCCCUUCAUGCUCGCACUCAUCUUUUACAUUAAGCGCGAUGCGAUGGAGGGUGACGUGCCCUUCACGCCUGGUUACGCCGGUCAGAGGCAGGACACUUGGGCCCAGUGGAGCAGGUGGCGCAGAGGCCUGUUUGGGGGACACUACGAAUACCCCUUGCUGUUUGGAAAGAACGUCGUCAUUCCAGGCAUCCUCGUCAAGGCCAUUCUGCUCUUCGUCACCCUGGGUGCAUACACCCUGUCCGGCCUCGGAAUGUACGGAUCGGGCGAGUCGAUCAAGGAGACGUUCGAGUCGAGCCCUGCGGCGACUUCGUUCGGUUGCGCCGCUCCCGUCUAG